AGAACGAAGGUGUGACGCCUCAGAACUGAGCACAACCGCAAGCAAGCGGAAGGCAGAAGUUCCCGCCUCCUUUCACUUCUCCAGGUUCCCAUUGGCUGAUUCCUACCGACGAUCCGCUACGUCCCCGCGCUCACCUUCCAUCGCCGCGUGCUGCUCCUCUUCCGGCCUGUGCUCUCAUUGGUCUCUCCCGCAGUCGAUCUGCAACAGGGGCGUUCCAGAAGCAGCCACUAGGAGUUGGUGAAUUCGGGUUUUAAAAAACGCCGCCAGUGAAUCUGCAGUGCGGGCCCUUGGAACCCGGGCGGCGCGGGGGGCGGCCGAGCACUCACCAGGUCGGGGCACGCGGCCAGGACGCUCCCGGGCUCUCCCCGGACGCCAGCCUCUGUCCCCGGACCCCGAAGGCCGAGAAGGAGCCGCGGGGCCGCCAGUCUCCGCGCCCGCCAUGGGCCCGCGCCGCCGGACCCGCAAGCCCGAAGUCCCGAGGAGGCGCACCGCGAGCCCGGCCCCCAGCCCUCCCCGGCGGGGCCCCCGCUUAGGCGCUCCCUCCCGUCAGCGUCGUCCCCGGAGACAUCGGGUUCUGAAGGAGAUCCGAAUGCUUCAGAAGAGCACAGGCUUGUUGAUAAGGAAGACCCCCUUUGGCCGCCUGGCCGCAGAAGCAUUUCUAGUUCAUCUCUUUGAGGACGCCUAUCUCCUGUCCUUACAUGCCGGCCGCGUUACUCUCUUCCCGAAGGAUGUGCAGUUGGCCAGGAGGAUCCGAGGCAUUCAGGAAGGGCUUGGCUGAGCCCGUGUCCCCAUCUCUGUAAGCCUUUCCUGCACACCGCAGAGAGAGCAUCCUUUGGGGAAGAAGCCCCCAGCCUCUCAUCACUGGAAUGGGAGUUUCUCUGAAGGAAUUUCCAUCCAUGGUCCCUUGCUGUCUCACCUUCCCUUUGUUCCCUAAGAAAGGUUUGACUUGGUUUUAGCUUGAAUGCUUAGGAUUCUAUGGCUCCUGCCCUUUUGUACAAUGUUGAAUAAAAAUAUUUAUCUAUCUGCUAAUGUACAGACGAUAUGACUCUGUCAGAGUUCAGCCUCUAUUUUACAAGGACCAGAUGACUCAUUUUGAUGAAGAGAAGUUUUGCUUUUGAAAAUGCCUUGGUAGUAAAUGUGAUACCUGACUUUCAGGGAUGACACCAAGUCCUCUGUCUGGAGCCAGGAACAGAUCCGUGGAGGGCGAGGAGGUGUCUGGACUCGCUGUUCCUGAGCACGGUGCCUGUCGCUUUUGUAAUUAGUUCUUUUAAGAAGGAGAAGACUGGUGGCUUUCCUCUGUACCAGAGGUAAUAUAUGAGAAAAUCAACAGCAUUCCAAAGGACUGAGAAUGAGACUCCAAGAUUCGCUUCAGUUUGCAAAUGAUUCACAUGACUCUGAUGAUUUUGAAGACAUCAGACUUUCUGGGCUAUGGAAAAAGGAUAUUUACUUAUUAUUUUAGAUCUUCCUGUACCGUUAAAAUUUUUCGCCAUAUGUAUAUUUACUUUUCUUUGAAACAUAAGGGAAGAAAAAUAAAAGGUGACCACUCCAGUGAGUUGCAUGGAAGAGCCUGGCACGUCCGCCCACAAAUCUGUCCUUCGUUUCACCUCAUCGUGAGCGAGGGCAGCAAGUGAGGCGCGGGCCAUGCCUACCAACUGUGUAGCUUUGUAAAAACUCAAUUGGGGUUAAAGUAGACAAUCUUUAAGUCCUGAUGUUCUGGUUCCUUUGAGUAAAUUCCUGUCAAACUCGUUCAGAAAUUCUAAAUUCCAGCGUGUAGAAUUUAUUUUAUUCUUAUUUGUAAAUCAUAGACGAUGGAUCAUGAUUUAUACUUUAGAAUUUUUCAUUCUGGGAUUUUAAAGUGCCUUUUCAAAGUUUUUACAGGUGUUUUUACAACUUCUUUGUGGAGAGAGAAUAAAAAUAAGAAUAAUUCUUUAACGAAAAAAACUGUAAAGCAAAGUUAGUUACCGCGUAAGAGACGGUACAUUUGUUGUGGGUUGAUGCUCCGUUCUCCAUCGGUACGCUGGGUGGCAGCCACCGUUUAAACGAGAGAACGGAGGGACGUGUUUUGGGCUCCGGUGGAGUAGAGCGUGAGCGGAUGAAAACCUUGCCCUUCUGUUGCAACGAAAAGCAGUUAACGAGAUUUCCGGAGAAAUGGAAGGGGCCACGGGAAGACUUAGACUUUGCCUGGGAUGGAAGUGAUUAGUGAGGGUGGACCUCUGACAAUGAUGUGUCAGGCGACCAAGUUCCCAGACGAACUGAAGGGAAGGACCAUGUUCUGUUGCUGAAUAAAUUUUAACCCUUUGGAAAAACCUCUUCUCUGUUCAACAUCAAGUCCUAUUUAUACAGACAUUUGAAUAAAGUAUAUCUAUUGAUGAAUAUAUUCAAA